AUGUUAAAUCAUACAGAUAACAACACAACCAAUACAAAUAAUACCUCCACAACCUCAACAACAAAAAACGAAAGUGCAAAAAUCGACACACCUAAAAAACAAACCCUAACAAACCAACUCUCACUAAACAAAGGACUUGAUAAUCAAUUAGAUAUCAUUGCACCUCCAUCAAUCACAAGACCACUCUCCUUCUUAGAAAAAAACAAUAACACCAUCAACAUUAAGUGUUACUUUAAUCAACCACACAUCCAUGAAGAAUUAACCUCUAAAGAUGACACAAGAAUCCAACAAAUUCACAAAAAUAUUCACAAACUCUUCGAAGAUAUACUGUCGCCAUCAGCAUUUAAAAUAAUUGGUGCAACAGCCUUGGUAAAUUGCAACGUUGAUAAAUUAACUUCAAUAAUCAACCUUCAAAACCAACUUGCACUAAAUAUAGACAAACUCAACUAUAGAUUCGAUAUAUCAUCAAAUGAUUAUGCAACCAUUAAAACAUUCAUUAAAACGUACUCACCCAAACAUGCAAACGAUGCAAUUAUAAACAACCUCACUAAAUUCACCAGUUGUACAUCAAUUGAAUCAUUUACUGUCACAUACUCAUAUGCUGUUGCGUUUAAAAGCUACAUUAUAACAUAUCAUCUAAUUGAUCACACACAACAUUGUUGA